GGUGGGUUGCAGUUUUAUGGGUCCAAUUCCUGAUUCAUUGGGAUCCCUCAAUCAGCUAGUCUUUUUAGGUCUCAAUAAUAACCGCUUUACGGGACCUAUCCCACCCUCUAUUGGUAAUUUAAAUAAUCUUUCAUGGUUGGAUCUAAGUGAUAACCAGCUUUCAGGACCCAUUCCCGUCUCUAAUCCAACAGCGCCUGGCCUUGACAAUCUAGUAACUACAAAACACUUCCAUUUGUCAAAUAAUCAGUUAUCUGGUUCUAUUCGAUCUCAACUUUUCAACUCAAACAUGAGCCUAAUACAUUUUAUAGCUAACAACAACCAAUUAUCUGGACUAAUUCCUGCCUCGAUAGGAUCCGUGCAGACUCUUGAGGUCAUACGCCUGGACUCGAAUUGGUUGACAGGGGAUGUGCCUCAGAAACUAACGGAACUCAAAAGUGUUAAUGAGCUGCACCUGUCAAACAAUAAUCUGAACUGGACCUAUUCCAGAUCUCUCCGGAAUGAACUCACUCUAUUACGUGGACAUGAGCAGUAAUAGUUUUGAAUAUUCUGAUAUUCCAGCAUGGUUCACCCUUCCAUCGUUGACCACAAUAUUGAUGGGAAUGACGCAGCUCCAAGGAGAAAUCCCAUCAGGUGUCUUCCAAGCUCAGUUGGAGAGAUUGGUGCUAAGCAGUAAUCGGCUUAACGGAACCCUGGAUGUUGGCAACAGCUAUAGCAGUUACUUGAUUGUUGAUCUCAGUGACAAUUUCAUUACUAGCUUCACACAAAGUUCUGGAUAUAAUUUCAGCUUAAAGUGAGAUCUUACGUCCCUCGUAUCAUAUUCUACUUUCCAUGCAUUUAAUAUUGUUGAAAUGUAUGCCUAGCUUCAAUUUAAUGUCCACAUAUUAAUAUUUACUAAUGUUGCUUUUAUUUUAUGAUUUUAUGGUACUGGAUUGGAUGGCUUUGGAAUGUUGGACUGAGAGUGGGCUUGCUUAUAAAGUUCGUGGGCUUAGAAAAUUAAUUGUGAAGAAUGGGCUGGGCUGGAUGCUGGACAGAUAUGCGGGUCAAGAACUGUUGCAGAUCAAGCUGAAUUGGAGCAAUAUAUAUAGAGAAGAGUCUUCUGGAAUUAAGUCUUCUUAAAAAACCCACAAUCAUUUUUUGUCUCACUUUCGCUCUCUAACAUCACGCAAUUAGGGUUUUCAUAAUUUUAAGAUCAGAUUCGUCCUGAAUGUGAUCUCUAGGUUGAAUCUCUUUGUGUUGUUUAGUGAUUAUCGUGUUGGUAAUCACUUGGUGAUUGUAUAGAAAGUUUUAGGGUUCGUGAGAUGUACAGAUUGUUUGAUUUCUUGGGUUUGAAUCAGUAUAGAUGUGAAAGUUAUUGUAAUUAUCUUCAAAUAUGUAUAAUAGACCAUCGUUUUGACAAAUAUGAUAGAUAUAAGAACUUCAAAGAGUUGGCUGUUUUGACCCGUUUCUUUUGUGUUAUUUUUUUAUAACCCAAACGGGCCAAAUAAAAAAUGGCUAAAAAUAAAUGUGUCAAAUGGGUUGGAUGACUAGAAAUUUGUCAAAGUGGUCUUUUUUAAGGCAUACAACCUCUUGUAUCAUUGUUUUAGUAUGGUACUUUUCUACUUAUAUAUAACACAUUGGUUAUUGAUAGAAAAAGUAGACAAAAAGGGUUUCUGGAAUAGCCCAACCCUCCCAGAUUCAACCCCCGUUAAAAAUUUACCCUUCAACCCAACCUAUUACCUCAACCAUUAAUGGAAAUAUUUUUCUAUUACUGUGCAGUCUUGACAAUAAUCCAAUUUGUGAAGUUGGAGCAACAGCUAGAUAUUGUGCAGGUGGAAAGCCAGAUACGCCAAAGGAUUUACCAACAAAUAGUUGUCCGCUAGCACGUUGUGGUUCAAAUGAAGUGCUUAGUCCAAAAUGUAAAUGCACGAAGCUGUAGGAGGUUUGGCCUGGUGGUCAGCUCGAAUUCUUUCAUUUAAGGCUCCAAUUUAUCACUCAAGAUUUUCCCCAAUUUCGUUUUUUUGGUCCUCUUUUUUAGCGUAAAAUGCAUAAUCAUUGUUUUGCAUAAUUUAUGCGCCUAUUUAUGGUUUUAAUUUCAAGAACUAUAAGCCUUUUUUUGUAUUUUCAUCAAUUUGGCACCAAAUUUAGGAUUCCCCAUAAAAGGGCACCUCUUGUGUUGGUUUGACAUACAGUUCUUUUAUCAAAGUUUAUUGAGAUUUAUAUC